UUUGUUAGCAAUUAGGGUUGGAGGGAGGGAGCAGCACAUAUCUCGGCAAGGCUCCAAAGCCUCUUUGCCUCGCAACCCUCCCCACCCCCAGAUUGGGGGCAGCAGCCAUGGGAGUGGAGACUUCGGCAGGAGAUGGCCGGCACACAGCGAAGCCACUUGCCCUGUUUUGAAAUAUCAAGGAAGUUUGUUUGGGCUCCAGCCCAAAACCCAGAGAGAGAAAGAAGGGAGUGUGGCCGGCAGCGUGCUGUCUGCACACUGAAGAAGAAGACCGCUUGGGGAACUCCAGAAAGAAAGCGAGGGAUGCUGGUGUGGAGGACAGACACCACUGCCACCUUCAUGGAGCAGUGACAGGAAGCACCCUGGACUUGGCUGCAGGACUCCUCGGCAAGAGGAUUAUGAAAGAAGAAGAUUUCUCUGGAGAAGAAGACGAGAUGCCAUCCUUCAGAUACCGGCCGAAUGGCCGGAUGAGAACAAACUGCAGUCAGUGUGAGAAGACGUUGACCCUCCAGACAUCUGUGAAGGUGCUGUAUGUCUUUGUCGUCUUGCUGAUCAUCGUUGUGGCUGUUUUGGCUGCCUUGGUUUUUAAGAAGGUGGACUCUAUAGCUUAUGAUGUUACCUCAGCUCAAACAUACUAUGAGAAGAAAAUUGAGUCCGUCCAGGGGAACCUCCAAGAACUGAAUCAGAAUUCCCCAGGCAACUGUUCCUUCUGUCAUGACACAGGCCAGCUGGGCCAGGAGAUCAGCAAGCUGCAGGAGGAGCUGGAGGAGAUCCAGAAGAAACUCUUAGCCCAGGAUGUGCUCCUUGACCGCACAGCUCAAGCCCACCAAAAGCUUUCAUCCACCAACAAAGAGAUCACUGGGGAGGUGGAUGGUUGCUCUUUGGCCAUUCAGCAGGUCAACCAGAGUGUGAGUCUGUUCCUGGCCCAGGUGCGAGGCUGGCAGGCAGCCACCUCUGAGCUGGGCAGUUCAUUGAAGGAGUUGUCACAGGAGCGGUUUGACAUUGAGGCUGCUGUGCAGCAGAUGAACUUCACAGUGGGGCAGACCUCCGACUGGAUACACAUCAUCCAGAGGAAGACGGAUGAGGAGACACUGACGCUGCAGAAGAUUAUGACCGAGUGGCAGAACUACACCCGGAUCUUUGGUGGUUUGCGAGCAACCACUGCCAAAACAGGGGAGCUGGUUAAGAGCAUCCAGACCAGCCUGGGUAUUGCUUCCCAAAGGAUCAGCCAGAAUUCAGAAGGGAUGCAUGACCUGGUCCUCCAGGUGAUGAAUUUGCAGUUACAGCUGGACAACAUCUCCUCUUUCCUGGACGACCAUGAGGAAAACAUGCAUGACUUUCAGUACCACACCCGGUACACCCAGAACCGGACAGCUGAGCGGUUUGAAACCUUGGAAGGCCGCAUGACCUCCCAUGAAAUUGAAAUCAACACCAUCUUCACCAACAUUAAUGCCACUGACAGCCACGUCCACAGCAUGCUCAAGUACCUGGACGAUGUGCGGCUGUCUUGCACAUUGGGUUUCCACACGCAUGCUGAGGAGCUCUACUAUCUAAACAAAUCAGUCAGCCUCAUGUUGAGUACCACAGACCUCCUACGGGAACGCUUUAGUCUGCUCAGUGCCCGGCUGGACUUUGACAUCCGCAACCUCUCUAUGAUCAUGGAAGAGAUGAAGACUAUCGACACCCAACAUGGGGAGAUCCUCCGGAAUGUCACCAUUUUACGAGGUGUUCCUGGCCCCCCAGGCCCCAGAGGAUUCAGAGGAGAGCUUGGCGGAAAGGGGCCUCCUGGAAGCAGAGGACCAAAGGGUGACCCUGGGAGCAUGGGGCCACCUGGCCCACAGGGAGCCCGGGGUCCUGCAGGCCCUCAAGGUCCACAAGGCGAGAGAGGAUCGGUGGGCCCAAAAGGCCUCCCUGGACUCAAAGGCAGCAAAGGAAGCUUUGGACAGUCUGGUGCCAAAGGGCUGACAGGCCCAAAGGGCGAUGUGGGGCCUCCUGGGCCAGACGGUGCCCCUGGGCCAGCAGGACUAGCUGGGCCACUGGGAAGUCCAGGAGUCCCAGGCAAACCAGGGCCACCAGGCCCAGUUGGGCCAACAGGGCCAAAAGGGGAUCCUGGGUUACGAGGCAGGCCAGGGUUACCAGGACCUCCUGGGCCUUCAGGACCAUGAGCUCACCCCACAAACAGAUGGUGGUAGGUGUGGGCAGUGAAACAGCUGCAGGCACCUCCGUUCCCCCCAUGGAAGAUGGUGAGGACAGCUGCCCUACUGAUGCCUGCCCUCAUAUAUUCUGCAUUGAACAGCCAGAACCUGUUUCCAGCAGCAGAUUUGGGAAAUUGAGCUUCCCACACUGGAAAAUCAUCAAGGGCCAGAGCUGCCACUGCUGUCUCACCUGGUUUGAAGCACCUUCAUCCCUUUGCCCCUUCCCACAAGACAGCCAAAGCCAGCUCUGCUCCAGUCCUUGUGUCUAGCCUUCCGAGGCCCAAUUUGCUCCCGCUGGGCUCAAGCAGGGAAAUCUUG